GCGCUCCAAGCAUAAAAAAGAUGGUCUCGAACCGGAGCGAGUGAAUGUUUGGUGAAUGGGUUUUUAGCUCCUCCAUAGAGUUUUACAAAACGGUCAGGCUAGAAGUUUCUAUGGCUUUGAUCGCCACCAUGGUUAUAGUGCUAUCACUGGUAACAUCUGAAGCUCAAGCCAAAGUUCCAGCGUUGUUCGUUUUUGGAGACUCCAUGGUGGAUGCUGGAAACAACAAUGCUCUAAUCACUCUGGCACAAGCAAACUUCCCCCCCUAUGGCAAGGACUUUGAUCAGAGCCAGCGUCCAACUGGGAGAUUUGCAAAUGGACGGCUUGUUCCAGACUUCUUGGCAUCGCGCUUGGGACUUGAUCUAGCUCCAGCAUACGUUUCUGCGAAUGACAAUGUUUUGCAGGGUGUAAACUUCGCAUCCGCUGGAUCUGGAUUGCUCGAGUCAACAGGCCUCGUCUUUCAGGGCCAGCAUUUCUCUCUUCCAGCCCAAGUCGAUCACUUCCAAAACGUUCUGGGCAACAACAUCACCGCCAAGCUUGGAUCCAAGCGAGCCCGGGAGCUCUCGUCCCAAGCGAUUUACUACAUCACCGUGGGCAGCAAUGAUCUUGUCAACAACUAUUACCUCCUUCCGGCCUCGCCCCUGGCCGUCCAAUACACUCCCGAGCGCUUUCAAUCUCUCCUCCUCGCCGAGUACCACAAGCAACUCCAGAGGCUGCAUGGAUCCGGCGGCCGCAAGUUCGUCCUUGCUUCUCUCACGGCUCUGGGUUGUAGUCCCAUCAACUUGCUGCGAUACAACGUUGCCAAGAGGGGCAAGUGCGUGGAUUUCCUUAACGACGCCGCCGCUCGAUUCAAUGCGGAUCUCAAGGCCAGCGUCGUAAAGUGGAGCUCAUCUCUUCCCGGGUCGCACAUUGUCUUUGCAAACUCGUUCGACUACGUUCUUGAUCUUGUCCGGAACCCGGCCGCUCACGGAUACAAGGUUGGUGACCAAGCUUGCUGCAGCGGAAUCGGCAAGAAUGGUGCCAUCGUUUUCUGCCUGAGAAACGUCACCACCUGCGAUGACACCUCGAGUUAUGUGUACUGGGACGAGUUUCAUCCGAGCUCAAGAGUCUAUGGUGAGUUGGCGGACAGAUUCUGGGAAGGAUCUGUGGAAGACAGUUACCCCAUUAAUGUGAAACAGCUUUCCACUCUUUGAACUCUUUGAGACUAAGAAAGAGAUUGCCUUUUUAAUAUAUAAACUUAUCUAAAGGGUUUA